CUUAGGCGCGUGUCUGAUCAGCUGGGAACGACGGUAAAAGCAACAUGGCGGCGCCCGUGCGAGGCUUGCAGUGUGCUCUGAAAAAGAGUAUUGUACCACCGUUAGUCGUGAUUUUAGGAGCAACCGGUACUGGGAAGUCUAAACUGGCGAUUGAAAUUGGUAAACGACGUCAGGGAGAGAUAAUCAGUGCCGAUUCCAUGCAGGUGUAUCGUGGGCUGGACAUCAUAACCAAUAAGGUGACUGCUGAGGAGUGUGCCCAGUGCAGUCAUCACAUGAUCAGCUUCGUGGAUCCCUUGGUCAGCAGCUACACUGUGGUAGACUUCAGGAACAAGGCCCUGGCUCUCAUAGAGGACGUGUACAGCAGAGAGAAGCUACCUGUCAUAGUAGGAGGAACUAACUACUACAUAGAAUCACUGCUGUGGAGAGUACUGAUGGAUGAAGGGCAUGAGAAUGAAGGAGAGGGGAAGAAAGGCGGGUCUCUUGAUAGGAAGGCGGAGCUGGAGAAACUGGGCGGGGCUGAGCUCCACAGGAGACUGACCGAGGUCGAUCCUGAAAUGGCCUCCAUGCUACAUCCUCACGACACACGCAAGAUCGCCAGGAGCCUACAGGUGCAUGCGGAAACAGGCGUGCCUCACAGCCAUUGGUUGGAGGAGCAGAGAGGGCAGGAGGGGGGAGAUGUGCUGGGGGGGCCACUGAGGUACCCAGACCCCUGUAUCUUCUGGUUACAUGCUGACAUGGAGGCCAUAGAUGAACGCUUGGACAGUCGUGUGGAUCAGAUGCUGUUGACAGGCCUGAUAGACGAGCUCAGAGAUUUCCACCUGAGAUUCAACCAGCAGAAGAUUCAGGACCAGAGUCAGGACUACCAGCAUGGUAUAUUCCAGUCUAUAGGUUUUAAGGAGUUCCAUGAGUACCUGACAUGCCCUGAUGAGACGACACAGGAGGUCCGAGAGACACUCCGGAACCAAGGUGUAGAGAAUCUGAAGAUGGCUACGAGACGGUACGCCAGGAAACAGAACAAAUGGGUCCGUAAUCGCUUCCUCAAGAGACCAGGGGACAACGUCCCGGCGGUGUAUGGUCUGGAUGUGACUGACGUGUCACAGUGGGAGGAGACUGUCCUAAGCCCAGCCCUUCUCAUACUGGAUAGUCUUACUAAGGGGGAGCGACCUACCGUUGAGCCGAUGCAAGUGGAGGGUGCGGGGAAGAGGAACAAGCGAAGCCGUCACACCUGUGAGCUGUGUGACAAGGUGAUCAUUGGAGAUCUGGAGUGGACAGCCCAUCUCAAGUCUAAAAAACACCACUAUCAUGUGAGGAAAAGGAGUAAGUCCGAGCCUGAACCUGAAACAGCCAGCGACCAGCCCCAGGGGACUACUCCACCUCCCACCCCUACUACAGAUGGCCCUACCCUGGGUAACUCCACUACUCUAGCCCCUGGCUCACCUGAGGCCUGUGGAGAACCAGAGUCACCAGGUACCAGUUCUACUGAGAAAGAAGCCCCAGUUCUAUAGGAGAGGAUGUAAGCUUCACCAUAAGGCCCGAUGAUCAGUAUAGCGGGUGGGACAGAAGGCAGUCUUUUUGACCUCAACUUGUCGGAUUGACUCUCAUUAAAUCAGAAAGAUAAAAAAGGAACAAUCAAAGACACUUAAAAAAAAGUGAAUAAAAAAUACUGGAUUAUCUGAGGACAACACGGAGACCGGGGAUAAGUCGGUCUCUUGACGACAUCACCGCUAUGACAUCAUCACUCCUGUCUAUGACUUCGUCGUUGUUUGACUCCAGCUCAUGGAUUGGGUCGGUUUGGUUCCUUGGAUUCUGACGUGAAGUUGAAUUGUGACAGAACUCUCAAAUGGAAUGUCUAGUAACACACUCUAUGGUAACUGUUUGUAAAAUGGAAUGACAGUUGAUGUUUAGCAGGGUUCAAUAAGACCAACCGUCUAGUAACACACUCUAUGGUAACUGUUUGUAAAAUGGAAUGACAGUUGAUGUUUCACAGCAGGGUUCAAUAAGACCAACCUUCUAGUAACACACUCUAUGGUAACUGUUUGUAAAAUGGAAUGACAGUUGAUGUUUAGCAGGGUUCAAUAAGACCAACCGUCUAGUAACACACUCUAUGGUAACUGUUUGUAAAAUGGAAUGACAGUUGAUGUUUCACAGCAGGGUUCAAUAAGACCAACCUUCUAGUAACACACUCUAUGGUAACUGUUUGUAAAAUGGAAUGACAGUUGAUGUUUCACAGCAGGGUUCAAUAAGACCAACCUUCUAGUAACACACUCUAUGGUAACUGUUUGUAACGAGAUGUACAUGUGUUUGAUUUGUAAUUAUUAAAAUUAAAGAUACAUUUUUU